UGAUGAAAAACUAAGUACAAGUUGUGCUAACUAGUUAUACAUUUGUUACAUGUACUUUAAAGUUUACGACAACGACUUGUUAACAGAUGCAGUUUGAAUUCCGCGUUUUCUCCGUCAUCAGUUUAACGUCACGUGUUAUGUAAAUAUAACAAUUCUUUCCAGUUGGACGGGCCGUUUCCAGUCGGCAGCUUGCAUGCGGUGGUCGGUGUUAAGUUCCUCCAUGGGGUCUCUGUGGUCCCGCAGCGGCAGCAGGUUGCCUUUGCUCCCGGAAAAUAAGCGGUGCGCGCGGCGUGAACAAAACACGGAGUCCGACAACGAGUCUCUGGACGGACUUUGCAGACGAGAGGAUAUCGCACAGUUCCCGUACGUGGAGUUCACCGGCAGAGACAGCGUCACCUGUCCGACCUGCCAGGGCACGGGUCGCAUCCCGUCAGGUCAAGUGAAUGAACUUGUUGCACUGAUCCCAUACAGUGACCAACGGCUGCAGCCCCAAAGAACGAAGCUCUAUGUGGUGCUGUCGGUUAUGUUGUGCCUCCUGGUCUCUUUCCUCGUGGCCUUCUUCCUCUUCCCUCGCGCUGUGGUUGUGGUGGAUGAUGGGAUACAGUCAGUCACUGUGCACUUUAACCAAUCAAAACGUAGCAUCAUAAUGAACAUGACGAGCUUGCUGAACUUCAGCAACCCCAACUUUUUCUCAGUGCUGGUACAAAGUGUGAGCUGUCAGGUUCUGUACAUGAAGACAGUAAUUGGGACUCAGCAGCUGAACAAUGUAACCGUCAUCCAGGCACUCAGCAACACUCAGCUGAACUACACUGUCAGUGUGGAGAUUGGCAGCAGCGCACCCUAUGUUUAUGCCUUCUGCACCAUGCCCAGCAUCAAGGUCCACAACAUCAUCUUACUCAUACAGACGUCUGUGAAAACCUCUUACAUGGCGCGACUGUCCCAGAACAGCCUGGAAGCUUAUCGCUACAUCGAUUGUGGUUCAAACUCUACACGCCACCAACAGCCCAAGCAGCGCUGACUGCGCUCACCAGCCGCACACUGCCUCUGCUGGGUACAGAACGCUUCUGGAAGUGGAUGUCAUUUUCAGGAGCCAAACGUCAUUACACUGUGGUCACCAGCAGCGAUGAUGCUUCCUUACAAACUCACAGUGCUCCUUAACCUCUUCCAACUAAAGCUAAAACUGACAUCCUCAUGUUCCAGGAGGCGGUUAGCUACGCGUGCAUGCCUGUGGUUGUUUUCAGCAUAAACCCAGCUGCAGAAGAUGAGUGGUUUUCUAGAGCAGCACCGUCAUUUUUGGCAUGAGCCAUUUCUCGCUGUGCACAUAUACAGCUUAGUGAAAGUCAGUUGGCACUUUUGCUGCUCAUCAUUAGUGCAGCCUCUGAUUGGCUGCCUUGUGUUUCUCUGACCUCUGAAUCAAACAUUUAAAAUGGAUCUAUUGAUUUCACUUGGGCUUCUUGCAAGCAGUGGACAAAUGUGGGCGAAACGCGCGCUCGUGUUAUUGGUGUUUCAUGUUGAUAAAGUACCACAGCAGCAUUUUUGGAGACCCUCUCAUGGUUGCUGCUCAGAUCUGUAGCAUCAACAUUUUAUGGCAUCACAUUUUUCCAUCACAUCAUAAUUUAGAUUGAAACUGCUCACUUAUUUUUGCACAUUUGGAGAGGUUAUUAAAUUGCUUUUUUUAAUUACCUUUAAAACUGCUUCAUAUUGCUUUUUGCUGUAAAUAUAAGAAUCACUGAAGUUAACGUUGCCAUUGCCAAAUUCAUUGCUUCUUUCAUGUUUUUAAUAACAGGUUGCGUUUGUAAGUAAAUUAUUUCUUGAUGCAUCUCGAACAGCCGCUUUCUGAGUUUAGAGGCUCUUGAUUCAUGUCUUAUUAUGGUUUGUCCUGAUCAGCUUGUUUAUGUUGUGUACUGUUUAACUUUUUUUUUUUUUGUAAGCUCCCUUGAGAUACUGUAGUCAGCAGCUGGCACCCCUGACUACUUUGCACACUGCAUAGUGUUAUAUAUCCAAGUCAGUGAUCAGAGCCUGGUUAUGUUCUCUUAGGCUGUUGGUCUCCCUGGUUUUCUAGUGAGACAUCAACAAGUAGUAGAUUGACUUGGAAAAAAAAAAUGCUUUACAGUUGUAUGCUUUAUGAAUGACAAAAGAUUUUACGUUUUAAAAAAAUGUAUAUAUUUUCAUGCUAGAUUCUACAAAAAGUCAUUAAAGUGAAAAUUAAA